AAUACAUAUGUGAAUGGAACAAUUAAAAGCAAUAAAGAUUAAUUAAACGACAGUUUUUUUGUGUAUGUAUUUAUAUCGCUUUGUUGCGAAUAAUAAGUGCGAGGAGAAUGCAGGAGAGUAAACAGAAAAAGAACAACAAAAAAUCAACAAGUGAUAAGAGCGACACAUCUUUAAAAAAAAUAGUUUUAAUCCCAAAAAAUCCAGUGAAACUCAAAGAGAAAGAGUUGUGCAUAAAAUAAAAAAAAAAAAAAAAUUCACAACAGGAAGGAAAUUGCAACUGAUUUAUAAGAAAUUUAAAAACAAGGAAUGAAUUUUAAUAAAAUUAAACAAAAAUGAGAAAUUUAAACGUUUGUUGCCAUUUAAAUUAUCGGUUGGCGACGCUACUAAUCGCUUUUAUAUGGUUAAUGCCUUUGGUGACUUCCGUUCGCCACAUUGACUAUGAAUACAAUCACAAUGAUGAGGAGCAAGAACAGCAGCCGACAUUGCCACAACAACAGCUAAGACGUAAUACCAACACAAAUUAUCAUCAGCACCAUUAUCGUCGACAGUACCGUAAUCAACGGCAACAAGAAACUAAUGAAUCACCACAAAGGCGUGCUAAGCAGCAGCACCAGCAACAGCAAUAUCAACAUAAAAACAACAAUAAUAAUUAUAACAAGAAAUUAUCAAUGUCUUUAACAAAAUUAUACAGCGCUGAAGCCGUGUACGCCGAUGAUGAGGAAGAAAUUGAUGUGAACGAUAAUAAUUAUCAUUCAAUGGAAGAUGAAUCUGAAUCAACCGAUGAUGCAGAUCAAGAGCCAGCAGAUUCCAUGACGUCUACAAAUACUAAAGAACACAUUCAUCCACCGUAUGAUUUCUAUGCUUGUUGCAAUGAAGUGUUUGGCUCAUGUAGAACGUCUUGUGAAAAUUUAUCUUUAAUCCAACUAACACCGACCGACACAAACGGACGUAGUAUGCGUUUAGAAUUGAAAAAAUAUUGUCCAUCAAUGCAAUUAGAAUUCUGGUCAUGUAUGAAUCGUACUUUAGACGCUGUGGCUCGUGGAUCUCAGUGGUCGGGUCGUCGCUGUUGCGGCUUGGGUCUUUCGCCACGUUGCAGUAAUGCCUGUGCAACGUCCUCAACUACGGGUGAAUUAAUUAAUGCAUGUCGUCAGAGUGAUGAACAGCAUAUGUUUGCCUGUUUCGAGCGUCAAGAGUCUGGUGAUCGUUGUUGCGGCAAUGCUCGCACAUCAGAAUGCUUACAGGCUUGUCGCGAAAUAUUUGAACCUCUAACUGCAAAUAAGCGUAACAAUCGUCGCCGCUUACAUGAGAUGUGCGCCGAAAGAAAUAACGACGUUUUGCAGUGCGUCAAAAAUAUUACCGACAUGACACCAAUAACUAAUUCAUACAAAUAUAUGCCCUGUUGUGACUUUUCUGAUAAUGAAAGCUGCCGUCAUAUAUGUCGUCUUAUUUUAAACACCACCGAAAGCACUGACAUUAUUAUUGGAGAAAUGGAAUCGGGUGGUUGUGGUACGAUUUUACCACAUUUGCCUUUAUGGCAAUGUUUCUUUACGGCCGAACGGAAAAUAUUCGUGCCGGCUACUGCCACAAAUUCACAAGAAAGUGAAGUUUCACAAAUCAAUCGUUUGGGAAUAGAUGGCGCUAAACUACACUGUUGCGAAAAAGCAAUGAGUGCAAAGUGUAGGCGCCUAUGUUUGCAAACAUAUACCACCGAUUGGACGACAUCGAUGAACAACUUUGAGAGUGCAUGUCUCAUGCAACCCAAUGAACUAAAUUUGCGCCAAUGCGUAGAUGAGGUUGACGAACCGUGUGAACUAGGUUGCGAUGGCUUAAGUUUUUGCACGAAUUUCAAUAACCGUCCUACAGAACUGUUUCGCAGUUGCACUGCUGACGCGGACUUGGCUGCUAAAUCCGAUCUUUUAAUGUGGCAACAACGCGGUUAUGUGAGCUUGCCGGGCGUUAAUUUACCGAUUAAGAAUAUGACACGCUGUUCACCACAGAAAUGGAAAGCUGUUGCAUGCGUCUUGCAAAUUAAACCAUGCACUCGCCAAGGUCAUUACAAUCAUAUAUGUCGUGAGAACUGUUUUGAAAUUUUAAGCGAAUGCAUGGAUUGGACACGCAUGAACACUACACUGAACGCUGACGCAAUUUGUGGCAGACUACAUCCCGAGGGAGAAGCGGUGCCAUGUUUAUCGUUACGACCUUACUUAGAAGAAAGCGACGCCCCGAAAGACACGGGCGGCCAUCAUAAAAUUACAUCACCUUGCAAAGGCCAUCCUUGCAAUGCCAGCGAAGCCUGCUUAGCCGCUCGUAACGGAUCAAUGACAUUUCAAUGCGUACCAGGCUGCGCUUUAGGUGAAACAUCCAAUUAUUUGGUACCUUUUGGUGCCUACGUACGUAUACCUGUACAAUUGUCAGCUAAUCGUGGCGGUUUUAAGGUUUGUCGCUGUGGUUUGCAAGGUCGCAUUGAACACUGUCAGCCUUUACCAAGUGUAUCAUAUGAAAGCUGCAUUUUACCCGGUGGUAGAAAAAUAAAACAUGGUACAUCGUUUUAUUUAGAAUGUAAUCUCUGCACUUGUUACGCCGAAGAGAUAACUUGUACGAAGAAACAAUGCAGAUUUCCAGGAUAUACUGAUGUUUCGUACACCAGCCUUCCCUGCAACUGUCCUACACAUUACGUACCCGUCUGUGGUAGCAAUGGCAGAACGUAUCCUUCGCUUUGCGUGGCCCGUUGUUUGGGUUUACAGGAUAGUGAUGUAGAAUAUGGUGCUUGUUCAAUAUGGAGUCCUUGUACACCGGGUUCCUAUCAUUGCCCAGCUGGAAGUGAAUGCGUUGAGCAUCGACAAAUUUGUUUGUCUAAUAUGCAUAAACCCUGUUUGCAGUAUAUAUGCGUUAAUCAAACCCAAGCCUGCGAAAGUAACGAUCAACCUGUUUGCGAUACCAAAGCUAUAACCUAUAAUUCCGCUUGUCAACUAGUACGGACCAGAGCCAAUUUUGCGCAUUGGGGCUCUUGCAAUCGUGGCUGCUCUUGGAAAGGUCCCGUUUGCGGUAUAAAUGGAGUAAAUUAUCCCCAUGAAUGUGCGGCAUGGGCUGAUUAUGUUUUAGUCGACUAUCGAGGUCGUUGUCGUGAAGUUGGUUUGCUUAUGAACGAAAUGGGCCGGAGACGUUGCCGUUUGGUUAAGUGCCCAAGUCCACCCUCACCCUACUGUCGCAGUAUUGUACCACCAGGAGCCUGCUGCCCCAUAUGUGCAGGGGCUUUUCGGAUUAUUUACUCACGCAAACAAAUCGAUCGGGCGCUUUACGCGUUGCGUGGUCAACACAAAGAUCUUUUGACUCUGCGCAGUGUUCUUAGAGAAUUAGAUGCUCUUAUACAAAUAACCGAAUGCCAAUUAACCGGAUUUCUUACCAUGGAAGUUGGCAUAUUUGUAGGUAUAGUGCCAAGAACGAGUACGCCCACGCGUAUGCAAAUUGAAGCUUGCACAAGAGAAGCCGAGAAAAUAUCUGCCAUGAUUUUGGCGCAAUCUCACAGAAUAACUACAAAUUUAAUAUUAUCCGGACUAACUGAAUCGAAUAUUUUGGAAGGCAAUGUAGAUAAUAAAGCUGUUAAGGGCCUUCAUAAAAAUUCUAAAUUAAUUGCACUGAUUUUGUUUAUAACGUUUAUAACAACUACUUAUCAUCACUCGUUCAAAUUAUAGUUUUAACAAUGGUUUAUCUUACUUAUUUAUUUAUUUAUUUAAUUUUUUGGUUUUUUUCUUUGUUUUUUUCAUUCUCCCUUCUCCUACUAAACUUGUAUAUAUUUUUAUUAAGAAAAUCAAGUGAAUUCUUGGUGCCAACAUGUAAUUAUUUAUAAGUUCAUUUAGUUAUUAGUUAUUUAGAAAAGAAGUGCCUUUCGAAAAUUUAAUUAUUAUUAUUAUUUUUUUCUUUUUUCGUUGAGAAAACAUUUUAAAACACUUUUUGCUGAGGAAAUUAAAGAAUGUUAACCCUAAAUUAUGUAUUCAACUAUCAAUAUUUAAGGAUCUCUUUGUGAUAUUAGCAAGAAAAAAUUAAAAUGAAAAGAAAAAAAUGAAACGGGAUUUGUUAACAAAUAAUUACAUUAAGUCUCAUAGUUAGACAAACCAGUUUAAUAGACUAGAUUUGCAUUAAAAUAUAUACAUAUAUUUAAUUAAUGUUUCAAAAUUACCAAAGUUUAAUUCUUU